UUGACCUUAAUAGCUCAGCUAUUGUUGAUCUUCUGCUGUUGUUUAAAAUGUUUGUUUAAACGUUUGUGCUAAACCGAAAUAGUCUUUUGUUUUACCUUCCGGGGAUUUUAUGCAGAACGAGUCACCUGAAAUGGAGUUGUAAAUUUCAUAGGUAAACUAGCUGGACCUCCAAAUCCACCCGUGACCCGUUCUUCCUCAAAGAAAACCUAAAGUGCAGUCUUCUCGAAGGUUUUAAUGAAUGCCAUGACUACAUAGAGUCCUUUCUUGAAUCAUAGCUGUGAUCAUUUUCUUACAAUAGGGUACGAGGAUAUAUUUUCAACACACCGUCUUAACAGGUUUUACUAUCAGCAUUUGGCCACACAUUGAACUUCAUCUUAUCCACCAUGUUGUGUACAGAUCGAAAAACAUUGGGAUUUUUGACAACGUAGGAGCAUUCGUCACAGCUGGAAUACAAUCAUGAGUGACUUGUGUUGGAGACUAGACAGAUUCCAAAUUGCAAACUGUGAAAUAAAAACCAGUUGGAGGUAUUUGAAUUCUGGUAAAUUAUUCUUUACAAAGUUUUGAAGAAAAAUAAAGCAAGGCUCAGCCAAUCCAAACAGUGAAAUAUCUUCACUUCUUGCAGCUCAGUUUGUUGUCUUAAGCUGAUGUUUCACUGCUGAUGUUAACAUGGAACAGUAUACGGACAACAAAAGUUUGUGUUCAAAGAUUUGUGGACAAGACUGUCCCCAAAGACACAAUUUACAGAUGCAGAAAUUUUCAAACUUGAUGGAGAAGCCAACAUUUCCAAUUGAUAUUUAUGGCAGACCUAGUUUACCAAUCACUGGCCUUCCAUACGCAGUUGAUAACACAGCAUUUUAUACCAAUAUGUAUUUGAAAGAAUUUGCCCAAAGAUCUUCCUUACAUUUGCCCCAUCUUGUUGAAAAAGCUUUCCAUUCAAAUUUGUACUCCAAAGAACUUGCCCAAAGACAUUCGUAUUUGUCUCAAAGAAUGUCCUCUGGCCUCGAGAAAACUGUGCAGAACAAUGACCUAUAUUCUAAAGAUCUUUCUCUGAGAUACUCGAAAUCUCAGCAUCACAAAUCUCGUUCCACAACAAGCAGCAAAAUGCCUCAAAGUGAUGCCUAUCCUAAAGAUUACUCUCAACGGCUUCCAACAUCCAGAAGUCAAGACAGCACCAACAAAAUCUACCAAAAUAGCAGUUACAAAGAAGAUCUGUCCAACAACUUGGAACAACAUUCUUCGAUAUCUCCAGAAAUUACUAAAGAUUCAUCUCAGAGCAACUAUUCUAAAGAGACCAUACAAAGGUACACAUAUCCCAUAUUGAAGCAAAUUUCAUACAAAUCAUCCCAUCGCAGACAAAACAGGGAAUAUUCCCAGAGUAUGAAGACCGCUAAGUUUUAUUCUAACACAGAAAGCACCAUUGACAAUAAACAUUACAACAAAGAUCUCUUACAUAAUAUCGGUAAAGACGGUAUUUCUAGUAACCGGUAUGACGGUAAAGAUUUUUCUACUAGCAAUCACCUUUAUACUUCCAAGUCUCAGAUAAGUCAAGCACAUCAAGCCAACGACAAAAAUAUUUAUCCCAAAGACUACAGCAACCCACCAAUAUCUGUUCAUAGCAGCUUUGUAAGGGACAAAAAUUUACCCAGCUGGUACCACUUCAUGCCAAAUAAACAUACUCAGACAUUUCAAUCCAGCAUUUACAAUAAACAAAUGGCCGACAGUUCUGAUUACCAAAAUGCUCCUUUGGAUGUGUCAAAGAAAUCAAUGCUCAAUAAUGUUGGUUCCAAUGAUCUGUCAUCUGAAACAGUGUACCAUUCCACUCCUGUGGUGUCUUCUAUUUCUAAUGCAGUGGUUAAGGAUAAAGAACUCGAUCUGGUUUGCAAUAAGAAAGAGGAUUAUCCUGUGGAUUACCACCAAGAGCCUGUCGGUCCGGUGCUUAUAGAUUUGGAUAAGAAAUCAAUUGAUUUACUCAAAACUUCUACUGAGGGGGAGGAAUUUCUCCAAGAAUCCUUGAAUCCACCAAUGCAGUUGUCUCUGGAAAAUAAUUCCAACCAUGAUGAAAAACCAUCUCUCAGUACCAUGAACAGUUAUAACGACUGUUCACUUGCAAAUUCUUCAUUCCUAGAAACGUCUGAUCUACAAGACGAUUUUAAAAAAGACAAGCCAUUUCAAUUGAGCCUCAACGAUAAUUAUUCUCCCCACUUGUCAAAUAGUCAUGACUCUAACUUUGACUCCAAAUGCAAUGGUUCCGCAGCGAAAAGCUUCCAGUGUAAGAUCUGCCUGAAGCAGUUUGCUCAGCGAUAUUACUUACAAAUCCAUCACCGUAUACACACAGGAGAGAAGCCGUUCCACUGUGAUCUCUGUCCGAAACAAUUUGUACGGAAAGACUCCCUACAAAUCCACAGACGCUCCCACACUGGCGAAAGACCGUUCCAGUGUGAUAUUUGUCUGAAACAUUUUGCACAAAAACAUUAUUUGCUGAUCCAUGAAAAGACUCACAGCAAUGAAAAGCCAUUCAAAUGUGAUAUAUGCUUCAAACAUUUUGCUCAGAGACAUUACUUGCAGGUCCAUCAAAAGACACACACUGGCCAGAAACAUUAUGAAUGUGAUAUCUGUAAAGAACAGUUUACCCAUAAAGAUUACCUUCAAAUUCACAGGCGUAGUCAUACAGGUGAGAAACCAUUUCAAUGUGACAUGUGUAUUCAGAAGUUUUCUCGUAAAGAUACGUUGGUUAUCCACAGACGUAUUCACACAGGUGAAAAGCCGUUCGAGUGUAACUUUUGUCACAAGAUGUUUGCACAGAGAAGUAAGUUGCACAUCCAUAAACGGACACACAUUCGCAAGAAAUCGCAUCAGUGCAACGUGUGUCAGAAACAGUUUGCUCAGCGCUAUUAUCUGCACAUCCACAUGCAGUCGCACUCAGACGAGAAACCAUUCAAAUGUAAUUAUUGCCAGAAGCCAUUUGCACAGAAAUAUUACCUUCAUAUUCAUCAACGGGUUCAUACUGGAGAGAAACCAUUCAGCUGUGAAGUGUGCCUGAAACGCUUCGCUCGUAGAGAUACUCUUCAGGUUCACAAGCGAACGCACACAGGUGAAAAACCAUUCCAAUGUGAGAUCUGUAACCAACUGUUUGCCCAGAAAGACAAACUUCAAAUUCACAAGCGUACACACUCGGGCGAAAAGCCAUUUUGUUGUGAUUAUUGUAGCAGGCAAUUUUCACAGCGAAAUACACUGCAGCUUCAUCUUCGAAUUCAUACUGGAGAAAAGCCUUUCAAAUGUGAAAUCUGCCACAAGAACUUUGCUCAGCGGAAUUAUUUGGUGAUUCACAGACGAACACACACCGGAGAGAAACCAUUCCAUUGCGAAAAAUGUGGUCAGAAAUUUGCUCGCCAAGACACCCUGCAGAUCCACUUGCGUACCCACAUGGGGAUACACCCUGUCCCCUGCGAGAUCUGUGGUAGGAAAUUUAUAAAUAUGGAGAAGCUGCAAAUUCAUAAAGAUUCGGUUCAUGAUAACGGCGGCAGUGAUAAUGGUAAUGCGAAUGAGAACAAUACGGAAGCGAGGGAGAAAGAACUGACCAUGUUGUGUGAUGUUUCUCCAAAGACUGAAGAAUAUGUCUUACAGGAAGGUGGAGAUAUUGUGUCAGCUGAGACGGCAGGGACAGAAGAAGACGCAGAGGAAGGAGACAAAGCUGAGAAACCUAUCCAUGAAUUUCCAUCAGUCACUAACUACCUGUGGCACACUAUUUAAUCGUGUAUCCCUUCUUCACAAUCACAAACUUACCUGUGAUGCAGUAAAUUAGCAUGUGUUGUGUCCUCUCUCUCCACAUUUUCUACCGCUACUAUCGUGGCCUCUGCUCUUCAGAGUUGACUGAUCUUGUGCUACUCCUACUCAGGCAAUUCUGACUCGUUCGUCUCCCCGCCCUUUGCCCCCCCCCCCUUCCAUGUCAUCCCUAUGGAAUCCUCCCCGUGUCGUCCAUGUUUUACCUACAACUGUCAUCUUGCAAUUUUUCAAGAGCCACAUGAAGCACAUUUAUUUCACUGGUGUCAGUGAACCCGCGAAGGCCUUGAACACAGCCCUACCAGCUUCCUUCAGACCAAACCCCCUCUCUCCCUCACUCACACACACAAACUCUCUAACUCUCAUCAUAGUGACAAGCUACUUGAAGCAUGGCCAUCUCACUGUGUCUUCAAAUACGUUCUUGUUAUUGUUUUUACUAACCAUCACUGAUAUAGGCUGGGUCAAAUCUAUGGUACACUGCUGUAUCCUAUAUAUAUAUAUAUAUAUACACACACACACAAACUCAUACAUGUAUAUAUAGACAUGAAUAUAUUCGUAAUUUAUAAUUACAUACAUACACAUAUACACAUAUAUAUGCGUGC